GUACUUGUGUCCCAUCGCGCAGUGUCCGCGCAGCAGUGCUCCGCCAGGCCAGCAGCUCCCCGUAGCAGUCGCAUCGCUACCUGCAGGAAGACGGAGGAAGCCCAGGAGCUGUCGCCUCAGGGGGACGGCUAGAUGAGAUGGGCGGCGGGGUCCGCUCUGCAGCAGCAGCUUGCUGAGCUGGAAGUCGAGCGCGCCCGAGCAUGACUCUGGCCGGACCGGACCAUUUUCUUGCGGUGGAAACGACAGCGUUUCUGGGUGCCUGUGUCGGCUUCGUGGUGCUGCUGGUGGUCGUGGCGUUGUACCUGUCGCGCAAGUGGUACUUCACGCCGGCCGCAACGACGACGAGCCUCUUCGGCGCUGUCUGCGUGCCACUUUGCGAGUCGAGCAACAGCUCCGCGGCCCAGAGCCUGGGCAAGAACUACCCGUUCUCGGAUCCGGAGACCAGCUCGGACUCGGAGGAGGACGCCCUUCGCCGGCUGAGCAGCCGCAGCCAGCCGCCCCCGGACACGUUGACCAUCCAAGCCGAGGAUGGACUGCCGAGCAUCAAGCAGAACGGCACCGAGGAGCAGCCCGAGGAGCGGCCCGAGGAGCGGCCCGAGGAGCGGCCCGAGGAGCAGCCCGAGGAGCAGCCCGAGGAGGAGCAGGAGCAGCAGCAGCAGCAGCAGCAGCAGCAGUGCGUAGUGGAGGUAGGCUCGCCGAGCCUGCUGAUCGAGGAGAGCCAUGCCGCGAGCAGCUCGCUCGCCGUCUCGGGCGAGGAGAUGGCGAGCCUCGAGGUGGCCUUCCUCUACGACGCGCCGAUGCGCGAGAUGACGGUGCACGUGCUGCAGGGCCGCAACUACCCGGCGGGCAUAGGCGGCAGCCAGGUGCGCCUGGUGCUGCUGCCCUCGAAGAAGCAGCGGCGCAAGACCCGCGUGCGCCAGGGCAGCUCGCCCCAGUACAUGGAGAGCUUCCUGCUGCCGCGGGUCAACCCCGAGGACGUCAACGCCAUGGGGGUCCGGGUGCGGGUCUACCUCUGGGGCGGCAGGAUGCGCCGGGAGCGGCUCCUCGGCGAGGCGAGGGUCUCCUUCGACCGGAUCAACCUGCGCCUCGAGACGACCCUCUGGCUCGCCCUCCAGCCGCCGCCCUCCUCCUCGGCACAGGACUGGGGCACGAGGCCGAGCCUGACGCGCAGCGACUCCACGGGCUCGCAGCAGUCGGUGCAGUCGUACGCGCUGCCGACGACGCCGCCCUACGGCAGCAGCAUGAAGGGCGGCAGCGUAGCCGAGAUCCUGAUCGGGCUGACGUACAACGGCGUCACCGGCCGGCUCUCGGUCGAGAUAAUCAAGGGCUCGCACUUCCGGGGCGGCUGCGGCAACGACACCAAGCCGCCCGACACCUACGUCAAGCUCGCCCUCGUCGACAGCAACGGGCACGAGAUGGGCCACUCCAAGACCGGCCUCCGGAGGGCCCAGCCCAAUCCGCUCUACAAGGAGACCUUCAUCUUUCAGGUCGCCUUGUUCCAGCUGGGGGACGUGACGCUCUACCUCUCGGUGUACAACCGGCGGCGCACGGCCGUGAUGGGCAAGAAGGGCCGCGAGAUGAUCGGCUGGCUCUGCCUGGGCCUCAGCAGCAGCGGCGCCGACGAGCUGCAGCACUGGAACGACAUGCGCUCCGCGCGCCAGCCGACCCAGGUGCAGCGCUGGCACUCGCUCCUCCGGCCCUGAAACGCCGAGAGCCGGCCGCGAGGCCCGACCUCCUAACCAGCACCACGACAACAACCAUCUCUUUUCCGACGCUACUUUUUCCUCGGAGAAGGCUGCACGCGCGCGACCCUCGAUCGAUCCGAGACCCGAGAGACCGCCGCGACGAGCUGGGGACUAAGUACCCCUACCGCGACGUCUCGCCAGAUCGAAACCCUCGGCUCUGCAAGAGCUCGACGCGCGCGAUCUUUCGCCACACAAGGCGAAUGCCAAUGUACUGCCCGAAUCGAGACUACGACCCUACACACGACCGACUAAGUACACACGGACCUGAAUGAGAUUCAGGGCGCAGAACCACGAGAACAAUUUCUUUGUAAACUUGGAUACCGAUUUAACUAAGUAGCGGCCGGUUUUUUCGUGGCCUCCCGCGCGGGGGCCUUUUGCGAGAUUCCCUUUGAUACGCCAAAUGAUGCAUAAAUGAGAUGACAUAUAUAUGUAAAUGAGUAUAUUCCGUGUACGAGAGUGAGAGAGAUAGUGAGCGCGACGUGUCAAGUAGAGCUGUGAGACAGAGACGAGCCGAAUCCUCGCCGAAUCCUCGAUGAUUUCGUUCGACGGUUCGAAGACUCGUUGUACCUUUGACGAUAUAUCGUUUAUUGUGUACAGCGGCGCAUUGCGUCGCUGAAUGCGCCGCUGGCGGUCGGUAUACGCAUACAUUUGUCGAUCGAAGUGUACAUUGCACAAUAUUAUUUGGGCAUAUUUUGCGCGCAAGCCGAUUUUUGACUCGGGAGCCCGUCUCCCUCAUCUCUCUGCGCUCCCUCGUGAGUCGUGGGCUGCAGAGCAUUUCAAUACUUUAAACUAAUACUUGGCAGAUCGCCUCGCGUACAUAGAAGCACGCGCGGGCGAUCGAACGAUUUGAAGCUCGUGUAUUUUGACGGCCGCGGGCCAUGUAUUUCUGCGCCGACAACACAGCGCACGCGCGUCGACCCUCUGUCUUUAAAUUUACUUUGUGCCUUUCGUCCCUCGAGCUGAUGCGCGCGCUGUAUUGUUCGUUCAUCUCGCUCGCGUUCUCGCGCGUCCCUCUCUAUCGUCACGUGGUGCACGCGGAACGGUUUGAGACGCGUGGUUCAACGCGUGUGUUGGCCGAUCAUCCUUUUCUCGCAUAUACAAAAUGCAGGCGAUCAAGCUGACGGCUGGCAAGGCCAAGGGGAACGGAAACCAUGAAACCCAUGAAACAUGAAAAAAAAAAGCAAAAAACAAAAAAGAAU